AUGUCCAAGCUUCCAACAAGUCCUUUGGGAAAGAAUGGUCCUCUCGUCCCUAAGAUGGGGCUUGGCUGUAUGGGUUUAAGCAUAUGGUACGGCGAAGGCGAUAUUCCCGAUGAAACUCGUCUCAAAUUCCUCGAUGGAGCUCAUGAGCUUGGCGAGACUUUCUGGAUUACUUCAGACAGAUACGGAGACAACGAAGCUCUCCUCGGAAAGUGGUUCAAACGCACCAACCUCCGCUCCUCCAUCUUCCUCGUCACCAAAUUCGGCUAUGUCCCCGGAAACCCACUCGAUUUCCGUGUCUUACGCACUGAUCCCGAAUACGUAAAGCAAGCAUGUGCCAGAAGUCUCCAAGUCUUAGGCGUCGACAAGAUCGACCUUUACAUGGCUCAUCGCAUCGACGACGUGACUCCUAUCGAGAAGACAGUGGAAGCUAUGGUUGAGCUGAAGAAAGAGGGAAAGAUUGAUUACAUGGGGUUCAGUGAGAUUUCUGCUGCGUCCUUGCGAAGAGCUUGUGCUGUGCAUCCUAUCACUGCUGUUGAGGUCGAAUAUUCGCCUUUUGCGCUGGAUAUCGAGUCCGAGCAGAUCAACCUGUUGAAGACGUGCAGAGAGUUGGGUGUUGCGGUCAUCGCUUAUAGUCCUCUCGGUAGAGGACUGUUGACUGGACAGUACAGAUCUCUCGAGGAUCUCGACCCAAAGGAUGCGAGGAGGAUCAUGCCGAGAUUCAGCGCGGAGAAUUUCCCCAAGAAUUUGAAGCUCGUGGAGGAUUUUGAGAGGUUGGCGAAGAAGAAGGACUGUACGUCAGGACAGCUAGAUCUCGCAUGGUUGAUGGCGCAAGGAAGCGAUAUAUUUCCUAUUCCUGGAACGAAGAGGGUGGAGCGUUUGAAGGAGAAUCUUGGGGCGUUGGAUGUGAAGUUGACCGAGGAAGAAGUCAAGGAGAUUCGGACUUCGGUCAAUGCUGCUGGCAUCUAUGGAGCACGCUAUCCUGAUGCACAUCUUGCGGUAUGUUUCAGAGACAGUCCUCCUUUGGUCUGA